AAGCCCUGAUACCCCGGGGAGACUUGGGCACUCGCCUCCCUCCUGAAAGCCCCACAUCUGCUUUCGCCGCCCGUUCUAGGCUGAGGAGGCAGCAGCAGCAAGAUGCGCUUUUGGUUUCGAUUUCCCGCGUCCAGUCGCCCCUUCUUCCUCACUCUCAGCAAGAGAAGGCUUUUGAAAAGCCACAGAAAGAAGAGGGGAGAGAACAGGAGCAGAGCAGAGAAGAGCUGAGAGGAAGAUGAGAGCUGGGAGCGCAUUUGUGAGCAUUCUGGCCUGGAGCCUCCUGUCGCAGGUGACCAUAAUCUCAGCAGUGUUCAUGGAAGCCCCCAUAUGUCUGGUAGAAAACACUAAUGAAGAGCUGACAGUAAACCCGCAAGCUCUACAGAUUCUAACUUCCAUCGACAAGCCAGUGGUGGUGGUAGCUAUUGUUGGACUGUACCGUACUGGAAAGUCCUACCUGAUGAAUAGGCUGGCAGGAAAAAACUCAGGCUUCUCCCUGGGAUCCACUGUACAGUCUGAGACAAAGGGUAUCUGGAUGUGGUGUCUCCCUCAUCCCAGCAAACAGGACCAUGUCUUAGUUCUGCUUGACACCGAGGGCCUUGGAGAUGUGGAAAAGGAUGACCCCAAGAAUGACUCGUGGAUCUUUGCCCUGGCCGUCUUGCUCAGCAGCACUUUUGUGUACAACAGCAUGAACACCAUCAACCAUCAGGCCUUGGAACAGAUGCAAUAUGUGACAGAGCUGACCAAGCUAAUCAAAAUCAAAUCCUCACCUAAUGCUGUUGAAGAGGAGUCUGAAGAGUUUGUGGGCUUCUUCCCAGACUUUGUGUGGACAGUGCGGGAUUUCACCCUGGAAUUGAAGAUAGAUGGACGUCCCAUUACCCCAGAUGAGUACCUGGAAAAUGCCUUGAAGCUCAGUAAAGGCAAUGACUCCAAAGUUGAACUAAUCAACCUUCCACGAGAGGGCAUCAGAAAAUUCUUUCCAAAGCGGAAGUGUUUUACUUUUGACCGUCCAACAAAUGAUAAAUCACUCUUAGCCCAUCUUCAAGAUGUCCAAGAAAGCCAGCUGGAGGCUUCAUUCAGGAAUCAAACAGACAACUUUUGUUCUUACAUCUUUUCCAAUGCAAAACCCAAGACCCUUAGUGGGGGUAUCAUGGUCAAUGGAAAUCGGUUGGGAAAGCUGCUGGAGACCUAUGUGAGGACAAUCUCUAGCGGUGACGUUCCCUGCCUGGAGAAUGCAGUGUUGUCUUUGGCUCAGACCGAGAACCCAGCUGCUGUGCAAAAAGCUGCAAAGCAUUAUAUGGAGCAGAUGGCCCUGAAGGUGGACUUUCCCACAGAAAGUCUCCAGGACCUGCUAAGUGUACAUACAGAGUGUGAGAAGGAAGCCCUCUCAAUUUUCAUGAAGCAUUCUUUCAAGGAUGAGAACCAGAAGUAUCAGAAGGAACUGGUACAAAUUUUAGAAACUGAAAAAGAUGGUUUCAUACGUCAAAAUGAAGAAGUGUCAACCAAAUACUGUCAAGAUCAGCUUGAGUACCUCUCACAGUCCCUGAGAGAAGCCAUUUCUAAAGGAAACUUCUCUGUGCCAGGGGGUUACAAUCUCUACAGUAAUGAGAGAGAAAAAAUAAUAAACAGUUAUCAUCAACUGUCCAGGAAAGGGCUAAAGGCAGAUGAGGUCCUCCAAAAGUUUCUACAGUUAUUGGCAGUGACAGAAGAUUCUAUCCUGCAGACAGAUCAAGCUCUUACUGAACAAAAAACCGCCUUGGAAGCUGAACAGAUCAAAAGAGAAGCAGCUGAGAAAGAGAAGAAGUUGUUGGAACAGCAACAAAUUGAAAUGCAGCAAAACAUAGAGGCUCAGCAGAGAACUUAUGAAGAAAAACUCAACCAAUUAAAAAAGAUUGAGGAAGAUAGGACCAAGAUUGUAAAAAAGCAGAUGAAGAUGCAACUGGCUAAGCCAAAGUGCUGGAGAUGUGUGCCACAUGGGGAGUUGUGAAGAUCAUGAGAGGAAGCUAUCAGAAGUCUGGGAACAUGAAUACACACUGAAAUUUGCUACAAACCAGACAGCAAGGACUCAAAUCCUGAACAACCUGUUUGACUCAGUCCAUCAUAAAGGCAUCCAGUAGGAAGCUACAAUGAAUCAACCAUUGGCAUGGUGAUUUCAGAAGCAAACUUGGGAAGCAAAUUAAUUGUGAACCUAUUCUUGCCAGGAGGUGAUAAAAGGGAUGGUGUGGCCUUCAUGCAGUGGGAAAAUGUUUGUAUUUCUAAUCUUGCUAUGUCUUCAAGAUAAAUAUCCACUGAAAGAGACAUUUGGUCUUAAUUCCCUUCUGCAUCACUGCCUUGUGGAAGAGUGGCUUGUGUAGAAACUAUGAGCUAUGCCAUACUGAGUUAUCCAAGAUGCACAGCUCAUAGUGGAGAGUUCUGACAAAAGAUGAUCCACUGGAGAAGGAAAUGGCAAGUGACUACAGUAUUUUUGCCAAUCAAACCUUAUGGUCAGUGUUAAAAGAUACAAUGUCUGAAGAUGAACCCCUUAGGUCAGAAGAUACCCAGUACAUUACUAAGAAAAACUAGAGGUAGACUACAAAUAGCUCCAGCAAGAAUGGAGUAACUGGGCUAAAGCUAAAAGGACACUGAGCUGUGAAUGUGUCUGGUGAGGAAGGAAAAGUCUCUUGUUAUAAACAUCAAUAUUGCUUAGGAAUCUGGAAUAUGUUUAUGAUCUAAACUAAAGGGUUGUUGUAAAACAGGAGAUGGAAAGAUUAAAUAUUGAUAUCUAGAGUGUCAGUGAACUUAAA